AUGUCGAACGCAGGCUACGACGCCGUCGUCGACAUUGACGAUGAGGGCGACCUCGGACACACAGACCUACAAGAAGACCUCGAAUUCCACAACUCCAACUUCAACGAAUCGACCUCCCGCAAAGGCGCUCCAGCCAGCGGUCUCCCACCUCCAGCGACCGCCUCCACAGGCGGACCCAACGCCGCCGGGUCCUCGAAACGAUACCUCUGGACGAUAUCAUUCUACGCGCAGUACUUCGACGUCGAUACCUCGAGUGUGUUAGCGCGGUGCUGGGCUGCGCUAUACCCGCGUGCGAAUUUCCUCGAUGUUCUUGAGGGAAACCCGGAUUUGUAUGGACCGUUUUGGAUCGCUACUACGGUGGUUUUGAUUUUGUUUUUGGGGGGCACGAUCAGUCAGUAUUUGGCUAGUAAAGGGGAGGGUCCGUUUGAGUAUGAUUUUAAGUUGUUGAGUGGCGCCGCCGGUCUCGUCUACGGCUACACCCUCGUAAUCCCCGUCAUCCUCUUCGGCGCACUCCGCUACUUCGGCUCCGAAUCCGCGAACCUCCUCGAAUGCUGGGCGCUCUACGGUUACUCGAACUUGAUCUGGGUUCCCGUAGCGCUUAUCAGCUGGUCGCCUAUCACGAUUCUCAACUGGGUGUUCGUCGGUGUCGGCUUCGGCCUAAGCGUCGUCUUCCUCCUGCGUAACUUGUACCCCGUCCUUAGUGCGACCGAUCGCCAGACUUCCAAAAUCUUGCUUAUCCUCGUUGUGGCCUUGCACGCUGGUUUGGCGCUUGCUAUCAAGAUCCUGUUUUUCGCGGCUGGAAGCCCGGUUUCGGGUGGUCCGGAGGGAGAUACACCGCCGGCUGCGGGAGGGGACCAGCCGCCCGCUGAUACGCCGCCGAGGUUCUUUUAA